AAUGCCUGAAGAUCUUGCCUUACAGCUCAGACACUUCCUCGCAGCGCUCCCCUCGAGCCUCCACUUCAAAGCCGACCACAACGUGCGGUUGAACGUGUUCCGCGCGUUGUACUUUGCUCUUGGCACCGAGACGCUCCACCGGUUAUUUCCCGCCAAUGCAGCGCUUUUCCCAGAUAGUUGGGACACUGUUUUCACCACCACUGAUCUUACCAAGGUGGGCCGCAGUAAUCUCAGACGCAGCCGCUUCUUCGAAAGCACGCUGAAGGCCAACUAUGCGCACCCGAACCGCCCAUGCGGGCGCAAGUUCAUGAAGGGCGAACCAGUUUACCGCUGCCUCGACUGUCUGUUUGAUGAGACGUGUGUGUUGUGUUUCCACUGUUUCAAUAAGGCGGACCAUGAAGAGCACCAGAUAUCGGUGGAAAUCGCGAAGGGACUGAAAAACGGAAUCUGCGAUUGUGGCGACCCCGAGGCAUUUGUGACGGAACUACUCUGUCUCUGCACGUCUGAUAUGGAAUUAGAGAAGUUUCCUCCAAAUGUAGAGGGUGCCCUCAAAAUAGUCAUCGACGUGGCGCUCGAAUUCAUCAUCGAUGUCACUGAUAGUGCCAUCAACACGAUCCCUGAGGUGCAUUCUUACAUGCUUCCACUCUCGGCGUCAUCUUCAAUGAAGAUCAGCGAGAAAUCAGCAUUGCUGAAGGCAAAGUAUGGUGAUGACUUCAACUCCCAAGAGUACCUACUCGUGUUGUGGAACGAUGAGUACCACAACUGGGACGACGCGAAAGGACGGAUCAUUGCCGCAACCGGCUGUACGCUUGAAAAGGCCGAAGAAAUGUCUGCCAGCAUCGAUUCCAUUGGCAGACAGAUCUUGAAGCGCAGUGCCGACCCCGUGGCGCUCCUUGGCGCCCAGACGCUGGUCGAGAGCACUGGCCUCGUGUCGACUAUCAUGUCCAGUCGUGAUUACGUACGCGGCGAGAUUGUCUCGCUGGUAGUGGAUUGGCUAUUGGCAAUGCUCACGGUGCACGAUGUUUCAUUCCAGACGGCCGUCCGCCGAGCGUUGUGUCAGUCGUUGAUUGGCUCCUUUGCUUUUGAGAGCAGCCCUGCAAAUGCCGUGGUUGAUGAUAUUAUUACUCCCAUGUUGGGGGUAACGAUUGGUAACAAAAUUCCAGCUUUAGGCAGCAUAUUAGCCCAGUCGCGUGUCCAGUUCUUGAUGUACUAUGACAUCCGCCAUUGGAAAUCGUUACGCGACCGCAUCCACGAUGUUAUCACCCCAGUCUUAGCCUCAGAUUUGACAUACAAACCGCUCUUCUGCACCCAGUACAUUGAGAUCUACCAUCAGCUUACUCACUUGAUGGGAACGGCUGACCGUGAGUGGGAACUCAACCUCUCGUGUGACGCUAGUACGCAGCUCUUCACAUGUCCCACAAAUGCCUCCGCUAUCGUUGGCACUGGGAAGUUUCCAGUGGUCGUGGGGGCACUCUACGCUCUCUUCCAGCUUGGUAGCAUUCAGAACGCUGAUGGUAGCUUCACUUUCACGAAUGACAAGGAUACCAGCGCGUACAAGUCGUUGGAGGAGACGCUCACACGCGGCAUGAAUGACGUCAUCCAUAUCGUAGACACAUGUACCAACAAAAAAGCCCUAUUGGAAGAGGCAAACUUGUCCCCGCUUCUUCUCUUUGUCGGCUUGUUCCAAGGUUCCUGGAAGAUUGUUAAGAAGUACGGUGACCACGUGCCCUUGGAGGAUAGUGCUUUCAUCAAGCAUUUCGAGUACUGUGCGUACAUGUACACCAUCAUCAAGCAUAUUGCCGAGGGUGUGACGGGUGACCUGGCUGUGGAUAGAGCCAUUCAAACGAUUGCCUUAUACUUGUCUCCUGGUCCUCUUCACGAGGUUAACGGCCAAAGCAUCUGCCAUUUUGACAUCAGCACGGAGCCUGUCUCCUUCAUGAACCCAUUGAACUCGUUAUUGUCGUUUUUUCUUGAGAAGGGGACGUUACCUGAUGUAGACCUUUUACCGAUCUCCGACGUCUCCUUGCGCUCAAUUGUGUUAUGUUCCCAGGUCAAGAUUGGGGCGUGGAUCCGCAACGGCCGCUACGUUUCUCGCCAGGCGGCGUUGUAUUCAGGUACGUUUAUGAAUGAGUGCGGCUACGCGCGCGAUGUAUACCUUAAUCAGCUUGCGGCGUUGCAUGUGCCUCAUAAGCGCUUUCUUUACAAUAUGCUUGACCGAUGGCAGUUGCUCGAGUGGUUUACCGGAUGCCAGAGCUAUAAACAGACAGUUUACGAGGAUCGCAUCCCGUACAUCCUUGAGGAGUUCCUUAAGUACGUCUAUACGUUAGUAUCGUCGCGGCUGGAGUUUCUCCAUGCCGACGCCGCAACUAAGACCCGCGCCAAGAUCAAGCGGGUAGUGGCCUACUGUUUGGCUCAGGGCCCGCGGACCUUUUCCGACUUGUGUGAUGACGUCCCCAGCACCGCGGCUGAAGAUAGCUCGUUUGAGGAUAUCUUGGAGGAGAUUGCGAGUUACAGUGCGCCAAGCGGGUUUUCUGACACCGGGAUGUACCGCUUAAAGAACGAAAUGUACCGGACUCUUGACCCGAUGAGCUAUGCCGUGGAUACCAAUGACUACCCCGAGGUACUUGUGGCCUUGACGGCCCAAAUGGCGAUACAAACAAAGACCAAGGAAGAUGAGGUUGUGUUGGUGCCUGUGUUGGAGCCGUUACCAGCCGAGUUUGCCGGUUUGGGGGAUUUUACGAGAUCUCCCGACUUUGCAAAAUUGGUGUACAAGCUCUUGCAAGUGGCGAUUGACACACAGGAGGAGGCCUUUGUCCCUGAGUUGUUGCACUUAGUUCACGCCAUCUUGAUUGACAACGAAGCCGCGGGCUUACCGGUUGAUUAUCUUGAUAAGCCGAUCUGCAACUUAUUGUUAAGCGUGGUUGGGUCGUCCAUGGCUAGAAGCAUCGUUCUGAAGGCCAAUUUCUUAUUAGACUAUUUUCUCGAGAGAAACAAGGAUAUUCUCGAGUCCUUAACCAGCAGCUUUGGUGAGGAUUAUAUGCUCGACUACAAGAAGACCAAGACUGGACUUUUUGAGUCGACAGAGGAGAAGCGUCGCCGGUUGGCCAAGGAGAGACAAGAACGUAUCAUGGAGAAAUUUGCCAAGAGGCAAGAGCAAUUCUUGGCCAACAACCAAGACAUGGUGGAUGAAGAUCCAAUGGAGGAUGAAGAGGAACCCUUCUCGGAAGAAGACCUCAGAACCUGUAUUCUAUGCCAAAACCCCGAAACUAACGAUGAAAUCUUUGGGUUACCGGCGUGGGUCGCUGAGUCUGCGAUUUUCUGGCAGUUGCCUGCGAAUAGCGUUGAGUAUACCGAAAGGGCGUACGGGGCCGAGCAUACCGCACAAACAGACAAAGUUGGCCGGGGGUUCCCUAUCGAGAGCAAGGACACGGCUACUAAAGCCAUCUUCGGGCCUAACUUCAAGCUGAAGUACACCGCCACUACUUGUGGCCAUGGGAUGCACUACAAGUGCUUCAAGGAAGGGGUGAAGACGUCGUGGUCGUUUACCCUGGGAUUCGGAUGUCCGUUAUGUCGUUCUAUCAACAACGCCUUCAUCCCAAGUUUCAUAGGCAAUACCGAGUCGGUCAGACUCAACCAAUCGAAGCCGCCCACCAGUAGCAAGUACAACCAGAUCUUGCAAGAGUGCGAUGGCGGAAACUGCACCGAGUUGGGCCCCGUGUUGUUCAAUGCCGAGAUGACGGAGAUGCUUGUGAGUCUGAGCCUAAAUAAGAGCAAAUUGUUGAGGGAACUUACAAGCGUGUUGAAGGAGAACCUCGUAUUGUGCGACAUGUUGGCGAUCAAAACAAAUUUUUUUGCCACCUCGCAGGGGCUCUCCUUGUUACUUGGAAAUACUAUUGCCAUGCAUGAAAUCACCAGCCGAAUCGACCACGCGGAGCCGCUUGCCGGGCUCCGCGCCAUGAAGCUCAAGGACAAGUCGCUCGUCAAAUCCUUGAUGCAGACACGCGUCAUCUUGUCGAUCCUCGAGAAAGACUUGGUGGCUGGGUUUAAGAAGGAGAGUGAAUACGCGACGUUUUGGGAGAACAAUAACUUGACCGACGGGAUCUUUUCCGAGUUCUGCAUGCUCUACUUUCAGACCAACGAGUCUUUCAGCACGUUGAGUAGGAUGGUGCUUACCAAGGCCUUCACUACAACCCUUUACUCGGUGUUACUUCGAAGCCUUAGAGAGGAAGCCCAGCUCAUAGCCCUCUACAGCGCCCCCAUGACAGAAGUCCAACCGGACUUUAACUCUUUGGUAGCGGUGGUGAUUGAAGGGAUAAAAAAAAUGUAUCCUGAUCUUGACUCCACCGCAUUCGAAGACGAGAAGCUCUUGUCGCAUACGUUUGCCGCUGUUGAGCGUUGUUUGAGACCACUCUACUGUAACUUAAUAUUUUUCAGAGAGGUUUUGGAAGCCACUCCGGAGGCCGAGACGUGCCCCACUGAGGGUCUCUUUAGGCUCUUACAAGCCCAAACCGGGUUGCCUGAUUUGUGUGUGUUGGUAGGCUGUAUCAUGAACGGUGGCACGUUCGAGUCUUCCAUUUUUGACAACGUUCUCAACGGAAAGAUUGCCAAGUUCUGGGAAGUUGGAAUUUUGAAUGUGGAGUAUCCAGGCGUUAUAGAGCUUAUGGGCCUUCCUGAAAAAUUGAGCACCUUUAUGGACAUUUCGAAUAUCGACUCCGAAAAGAACAGCAAGGACCGGGUGGUCAAGAGGUUAGACUACUCCAUCUGCUUGAUUUGUGGAACCAAGGUGUUUGCCCCGGAGAGCCGCAAAGCCUUCAUGACCCAGUCUCACUUGGUCAACCAUUUGAGUAGUCACUGCACCAACCGCACUGCCGUCUACUUUAACCCUGCCCCUGCCGAUAACCACAUAGAUGUUCUCGUCAGAAGUAACAACGGCGUCUUCCCAAUCAGCAUUGGCUCGCCGUACUUGAACAAGCACGGGGAAAACAGCAGAAGAGGUUUGCGCAAGGGCCAGACUGCCUGGUUAAAUGAGAAGCGCUACCAGGAGCUCACCAAGAUGUGGCUCAGCGGUGAGUUGUAUGCCUAUCUAUCGAGACUUUUAUUCAACAACAUGCGUGCUAGAAACGUGGUGAAUCUCGAUGGAGUGGAUGUUAACUUGGCGGACGACGAGUCGGAAUCUGAGGAUGAGCUUGAUGCAUUUAGCGAAGGUGAUGACCAGGUGUAUAUGUUGAACGACGAGGAUAUCGAAGAGGAUUUGGACGCCGCGGACAUCGACUAAUAAUGAUCCCGUGGAUAAGUGUCCAGAGAGUGCAUUGUUCAGUUUUAAUGUAUCUUUUUGUAAACUAUGUUUCAUUGGUUAUAGGACGAAAGGGUUUCCGCAUUUAAAAAAUAGUAGCGGAUAAUAUCCGAAGUGACUGAGUUGACGUAUGGCGAGGAUGGGUUAGUAGCAAUUGAAGUAUCUAUUAUUG